GCCAGGUGUGCAUGUCUAUGUAUAGCACAUGAUAUGUAUAAAGUAUUAGACAUAUAUUAUUAAUUUACAAAAAGGUAUGCAUUGUUGAUUAAUGAUUUACUGGCUGUAGAAACAAAUGUCAUUCUCUAGAUCUUAUAGGUUUACAAUGGCGACUAUAAACUGGUUGAGGUAAUCCAAUCAGCGUGGCUGAGAGGCGGGCUGGAUCUCCACUAAUCUCACUCCUCCUCAGGUGAGCUCAUACAGCCCAGCAUGGAAACAGAAGCUGCGAACUCCUUUGACUUAAGAUGAACAUUAGAAAUCAUUUUAGGCCAGACCCUCUCAGCACCACACGGGAUUUCUAAGUGUUGCGGUUGCGGUUGCGGUUGUGUUUUUUUUUUUUUUUUUGUUUUUCAGUCAAAGUGUCCGAAUUGCUUUGGUUGUAAGAUGGCGUCAGAGCGUCUCCUGCUUUACAGCAGCCUGUUGUUCGAGCGCUGUCCGUGGUGCUGGAUAUAAACACCUCAGAGGAUGGAUGCUGCUUACACUUUCACAGCCCAACACAUUACUGUAAAACUUAACUUUGAAAGACACUUAAUAUGCCCAAAGUCUAAGAAGAUAUGCUUGAGAAGAUGUGGAACAUCUUACUUAAAUUAGAGAGAGUGUAGGUUGUGUAACCAUUCCCUUUCUGGAAUGUAUUACCUGCUCAUAUCACCUUACGUCCCUUGGGAAAUUAGCUAUGUUGCAAGCUGCUCCGUGCGGAUCACCAUCCUUCAUCAUCUUUGUUUAUGAGAAGGUGAAGGUCAGGGAGAAGUGAAUAACUGACUUUUGUCAUGCAUAUGAACUGUAAAGGGUUUCCCCAGUCCUUGUUCAGCCAGUGGAGGCUCUUACUCUGGACAAAAAGACCAGUUGGAACACUUACAGAGAGUGUCCUGAUGUCCUCAAAACAUUUUUUAAGGGCAUACUUGUUUUUAUUUUACCCAGAAAGUUUACUGUGAUUUAAUGAUUUUUAUUGCUUGCCCCCUUGGACAAAUGCUGGAACUGUGCAGAAAAACAUUGUUGGCAAAUUGUGAGGGACCCAUUAUGGUCCUGUUCUUUUGUGCCAUUGCAACAGAUUUGCACAGUCCAUAUUUUGGCUUCUUCCCAUGCCUGACACUGACACUUACAUAGCAAUCAACCAUUUUAUUUGGACCUUUUCCUUGUUGAACCACAAUCCCUGAAUGAGGGUUCGAGGAGGGGUCUCGAUCUUACCAUGGCUUAUUCCUUUGCUGAGUCCAACAGAGAGAUGACAAAUGGGGCCAAUCCUAACAUCUACCCAGGAGGCCCAGGAACCUCCACAUUGCCACGGUAUCUGCACAAGAAGCAACAGCGGCAGAGGGGAAUUAGAUCUUCCUCCCCAAUGGGUAGAGUCAUCCUCAUCAAUUCACCUGUGGAUGGUGGAGAUGAUAGUGAAGACAUCCACACAAUUACUGUGGACAAGAGUGAGGAUGGAAGGCUGGGCUUCAGUGUACGUGGUGGUUCAGAGCAUGGCCUUGGCAUCUUUGUUAGCAAAGUUGAGGAUAAUAGCUCUGCAGAAUUUGCAGGGUUAUCUGUUGGAGACAAGCUAGUGGAGGUAAAUGGGAUUAGCUUGGAAAGCAUUACCAUGAGCAGUGCUGUAAAGGUUUUAACGGGGAAUAACCGCCUACGCAUGGUAGUUAGACGUGUAGGGAAGGUGCCGGGAAUCCGCUACUCCAAAGAGAAGACCACAUGGGUGGAUCUAAUCCACCGAAGGAUGGUGGUGGAAGAGAGUGGUCACACCCCCUCCGAGGUCAGCUCAGAUGGAGCUUUGCGCCGGAUAGUGCACCUCUACACCACCUCAGAUGAUUACUGCCUGGGCUUUAACAUCCGCGGUGGCAAAGAGUUUGGCCUUGGCAUCUAUGUUUCAAAGCUGGACCCUGGUGGCUUGGCAGAGCAGAAUGGGAUUAAAAUGGGAGACCAGAUUUUAGCAGCAAAUGGAGUGAAUUUUGAAGAUAUUACACACAGCAAUGCUGUGGAAGUCCUAAAGAGCCAUACCCAUGUCAUGCUCACCAUUAAGGAGGCUGGGAGGUAUCCUGCAUAUAAGGAGAUGAUAGCAGAGUACAGUUGGCUCAAUAAAUUGGCUAAUGGUGGCCAGCCAGCCUUCUCUCAGGGUUCAGACUCCUACUCGUCCACCUCCUCCCUGUCCUCUGGGACACCAGUCAGCUCUCUCAGUGGCCUCUCACAGGUCAUGUUCCCCCCUCCAUUUGGUUUAGAGAUGGUGGAUGUGUGCAUCUCUACUGAAGAUGCCUCAUCACAAAGGCCAAGCUCUAAUCGCACUGAGACAGCCAUCCAAACCGACCCACAGGAUCCUGACACAUCGCCCCAACCCACCAGUGUUAUCUCCAUGGAUACCAGCCGGACGGUUGGUGAGACUGUUUAUUUGAAGGACACGGUAAUUAGGAGUGGAAGUGUUAAUAAAAGCCGUGAAGCACAAAAAAGAACAUUUUCUGCUUCAGACAAAGAAAUUCUGGACUCUCCAAAAACAGCAGUGCUAAUGGCUCUCAGUAAACCUCGCAAACCCAUCCGCCGGUCCCAGAGUCAUAUCACUGUCUCAGAGGACAAGCAAAAGAAAAAGAAGCAGCAGCAAGCAGUGAAGACUGACGCCUCUGGCAGCACCCUGCAGCGCUCCAAAACUUUUGUCAGUCUGCUGUUCAAAAGUGGUCGAAGAAGAGAAAGGUCUGCCUCUAGAGACAGGAAAGUUUCAGGGACAGGAGAACGACAUAGAUCACGUUCCAAAUCACCAGCAGGUAAAGGGCGCAGCCGGUCCAUCCUUAAUCUCCUGAGCUCUCCGCGUGAGACGCGUGCUGGCGUGUGGGAGCCCGAAGCCAUGCCCAGUCCUGAAACCAUGGCCAUGGUGGAGAGCAUGGCAUGCAAACUGCUGAGUGAGGAUGAGGUGGCUGCAGUAAUGAGACACUGCAAUAGGUUUUUGGCAGAGCGGGUGGUGGAAGACUUGGUACGCCCCCUGCUGGCUAUCCUUGACAGACCUGAAAAGCUGCUGCUGUUGAGGGAGAUCAGGAUGAUCAUUCCACUGACAGACCUGGGUCGUUUUGACAGCAUGGUAAUGCCUUUUGAACUGGAGGCCUAUGACAUUUUAAAGAGUCGCUCUGUGCGUUCCCCGGUUCUGCGUUCUCCUCGACAUGGUGGAACUCCACGCCGGCAUCUAAUAACACCCAUCCCAGACUACAGGGGAGGCUUCCAGUUGCAGGCUGUGCACGAUUUGGAGCAAGAUCGACAGCUGAUGCAGGAGCUAGAGCGGCUCAGGCUGGCUGGUCUCCCCACUGGCAAGCUCCCACCUCCCCGAGCCUUCACCCCUCUAUUGGAUGUACCCGUGGACAGUUACCUUUCUGGUUCUAUUCGGCAGCGCUCCUUAAGCCCACCUCACCCCAAACAGCUGCUUGAUGAGUCCCCUCACAGCACAGAGUGGCGUGGACGUUCCCCUAAAAGACAAGAACAUCAUUUGCCCCAAAAGGGAAGCCAUGGUAAUGCCACUCCAGAGCGGGGAAGAUCACCAUACAGGAAUGGCCAUGGUAAAUCUACAAGGGCCAGAUCUGGCAAUGGAAAAGAGGUUAAAUACACAGUGAUGAGUGCACACAGGAGGAGCAGAACUCCACUAACACAGGUAUUUGGAACAGACAUGCUGCACAACCCGUCGGAAAGGAAGCAAGCGAACGGACAUUCAGUUUCCUUUGAAAACAACCAAAACAGCCUGUCAGCGCAGGAACAUGUGCUGACCACUGUCUUCAUCUCUAAGUGCAAACAGUCUCUGGGUAUAAGUAUCUCUGGGGGCAUUGAGUCCAAGGUUCAGCCAGCAGUGAAGAUUGAGAAGAUAUUUCCAGGAGGAGCUGCCUCCACCAGUGACGUGCUGAAGGCUGGAUUUGAAGUUGUGUCAAUUGAUGGCGAAUCACUCCAGGGAGUCACACACCAGCAUGCAGUGGACGCCAUAAGGAAGGCUUUCAGCAACAAGGCCAAAGAGCCCAUGGAGUUUGUUGUCAAAAUCCCAAAGAACCAGAGCUACUAAAGGAAAAAUUAGCAAUACUGUUCUGUACAGGAGAGACAAAUUUACAGCCAGAGCUUGGUUUAUACUCUAGAGGCUCUGAGCAGGAAACCUGAAGGAACACAUCUUAUGACAACAAGGAAAGCUCCAUGCAAGAGCAAAGCUGCGAUUGUCGGCUGAACCCACAUGCCUGAAGGGUGAUGUCUAAAAGAGAGCUUUUAUAGAGUUACUGUCUCUUCACAGACUAGGCUUUUUUUCCUGCAUCGAUUUUUACACAAUGGAUUUAUCUGGAGAGUCAAUUAUGGAGCAUAUUUAAGCAUUAUUAUCAAUGCUUUAUGUGUUUAUUUAAUAUAAUAUCUAUUUCAUAUCUUUUUCAAUUCUUUAGCAGUGCAGAAUUCAUGUAUAAAUUUAGGCAUUAAUCCUGCUAAUGCAAGAAAUAUGUUGGCAUGAAUCAUCUUUGAAAAGAACAUUCUUCAAAACUUGGCAGUUACAGUUUCUAAAGCAAAGAAUACACAAGGUUAUGGUGAUAUGAAAUUUUAACUGAAUGUAACUCGCUAUUUUAAUUUUAAUCUUUAAUCUUUUGGGGCAGUGCUUUGAAGAUAUAGCAAAUAGUUUAUGCACGUUUAAUGUAAAGAACGUUGCAUGCACUAGUCUAUUGAAAAUGCUAUGCACUAAAAUCAUUCUGAAUACGAUUACAAGACAUCAUUUGUAGCGUGCCUUACACCACUGUGAAAUACUACUGCAAUAGAGCAUCUGAAAUGCUUGAAGGUCAAAGUAGGUACCGAAUGUGAGUUCUGUGAUCAUCUGUCUAUCAUGGAAGGAAGAUUUAUUACUGCCCUUCAUGUAGCAUUAUUAAGUGAUUUAACAGUAAAGUUCUGUAAUUAAGUCAUAUGUAUUAUACCAUAUUAAUAAAUAAAAAUCACGUCACCAAGGUUUUGUUACAGAAUUGUUUUUCAUUUGUUUCGAAUGCUUUCAAGAGUCGAUUAUGUACAUAAUAAAGUAAGAGCUAAAGCAAUAUGAGCAGCAAGAAUCACUUUGACUUGUGACAUUUUUAAUCAAAAACAUUGUAUUGCUUCUUACAGAAAAUGUACAGCUUGAUAAUAUACAAUUGCUUACAACAUGAAAAGACAAAACACACACACACACACACACA